GCGCCGAGCGAAGCGUGACUGACUGCCGCACUCCGCUCUGGACGCUUCUUGCUGCCGCCGCCGCCGCCUCCGCCGCCACCGCUGCUGCCGACGAAGACGUUCCGCUCCCGCCCGCCGCCUCCGCUGCUUACUGCCCCCCCUCCCCCUCCUCCCCCCCUUCCCUCUCUCCUCCCCCACCCCCGUGUCAAGGGCGCCUCCUCGACGCAGCAACGCUCCCGCAGACAGUGCUGAGGAUGUAAGGCGACCGCGGGGGAAUCCGCUACCGAGAUUCGCGUGAAAGAGUUCGACUCCUCAAAAAACAAGCCCAGUGACAGUGAAUCAGUGCCUUCAGAAAAAAAAAAAAAAGACGAAUCUGAACAAGACCCAAUAAGUGCCCAAAGAAGAAAAUCAAAAAAUCAGAAAGCCAAAGAAUAUAUAUGAAAAUCAAAACAAAAACACAACAAAUAUAUACGUGUGCCCCCUCCCCCCCAAAAAAGAAACACAGAACCAAAAAUUUCACUGAUAUAAAAGCUUCCCGAGAGACCUCAACGCCAGCCGAGUGAAAUUCCAAAAAAAGGGAAAACGAAGAGACUAAAGUUUUCUAAAAAAUCAACAGAAGGGAAACUCGCCAAGGCCUGUCAGCAAGAUGGGGGUUCCAGAAGCUCCUUAUGUCAAGGUCAAGACGCCGCGGCCGGUCACGGAGGGAAGAAGGAUCCGGAAGCCCAUCAUGGAGAAGAAGCGUCGCGACCGCAUCAACAGCUGCCUGGACGAGCUCUCCGCCCUGCUGCAGGAGGAGAGGCUGGUGAAGGCGAGGGCGGGGAAGGGCGCCAAGCUGGAGAAGGCAGACGUUCUGGAGCUGACGGUGAGGUACUGGCAGAGCGUCAUGGGCGUGCGGGCGCGGGGCAGCUCGCCCCAGCUCUCCGGGGAGUCUGACGAAGAGAGCGGGUACCUCAAGGGCUACAAGCACUGCAUAAGCAUGGUGGAUUCCCUACUCGGCGACUGCAAGGAGAGCGGCACGGACUCCUUCCGCGAGGGCCUACUGAAGCACCUGACGGAGAGGGUUCAGAUGCUCACGCCCGCCGAGGAGGAGAAGAGGUCGGAGGGCGAGAUGGACAGCGACUUGGCCAAAGCCUCGGCUCAGACCGCGUCAGGAGGCGAUGCCCAGUCCCUCGCGCUCAUCCCGACGCUGCUCCCCGACGGCGCUCUGGCACUUCUCCUGCAGGAGGGCGUCGCCACCACCGCCUACGAGAGCCACAGCGAGACCGAAGACGAGCAGACGGGGGACCAGAAUUGUCCUUCUCUCCAGCUGAAGUCUCAUCAGGAAGCGAAGCCCCUGAUCUUUCCAGCGAUGAAUCCGCCGAGGGACGCCCACGACGCGCACAACCCAAGCCUAGCGAGAAACCAACACGAGGCAGGAGAAUGCAGAGAAGGGCCGCUGGCCAUGGACUCCCUUAACAAACAGUACAAGCCUCCUACGGCAGAUCCUACCGACCACGGGAGUCCUAUGGAGGAAGGACUGGUCUUGGAUGGCACUCACCAGGGCUUCGAGGGUGCCACGCCGAUGGACACGUGCUCCGACCUCAUGUGGCGGCCGUGGUAGAGGGCGCUGACCGCCUCGACAGCCUGAUGCAUGACCAGAAAAUUUGUUCGCUAUUAGAUACUAUAUUCUACAGCCUAUCGAAGUGUUUACUAUACGAGCCAGUUAUAGAUUUUGUUUAUGUAUACCAGUUAAUAAAACGAUAU